AUGCGCCCAAGGUCAGGACUCAUGUUUCCUCGCCGAAUCACCGCCAUCUUUAUCUCGAGUCUGAUGGUGUGUGCGCUCUAUUUGGUCUACUCCUACUUGAACAGUGUAUUUAUUGAUCAGCCAUCCCAGAAAUACAUCCGAAGGACUGUUGAAAGCUUCUCACACUCCACGGUCCACGAACUAUACAACCCCUACAUACACCCCAUUACAAGAACAAUAUUUAUUGGACACACAGGGAAAGAAUUUUGGCUGGCGGAACCCUUGAGAUUCACUGAGCCAUUAGGAAAGAAGAUUCUCAUUUUGGACGUCGACAGUCGCAAUCUUGAUGGCCCUAAGGGACUUCUGAGCAAGGCUCCAUUGAACGCGACCGGAAUCCCCCCAGAUACCAGUGGUAGGCUCAACCACUUCAUGUUCGGUAAAUAG